AAAGGUGUGUAAUAUCCAUCCCAUAGACACAAUUUCAUGCACCGUUACAUUGUAUAAUUUUUGGACAAGGAGUUGCACGGUGGACAAUUGGACCUAAUGUAUCUCGGCAAAUUAGUGCGUCUGAUUUGUUUUUAGCUGGGGACUUCCGACAUUUUUUCCGCGCAUCGGGACGUAAAACUAAGCGCUCUGGAGACUGGAGCGCACCGCCUCAAAUAGUCUAUGACCCAUGCAGAGCAUACAAAGCCCGAAGUAGGCUACCACUCGCUGUCAGGACUACUGUUUGUGUUGAUGUCAUCGGCGGCCGUGCUCGAACCGGAGCGACCCACGAUUUAUAGUCAGGAUUACUAGAAUAACAAAAAUAUAUCGUACAAUUAUAGUCGUGUUUUUGGCCAACAGUGAAUAUGGGAGUUCUGGCGCACUGUGUUAUUCUUUUUAUAUUCCAGCAUUUGACGUCAUCUUAUGAUUUUAAAGAAGGACAAUAUAACAGCGGUCAGUAUGCAUUUGUGAAAGAUCCCAGUUUGAAUAUCGAAAAGAGAUCACCAGAUUUAGAUCCGUUUGAUUCUGAAUCAUCCGACCACAUUAGGAGCAGAAGAAGUGCGGAUCAAGGAGACUGUAACCGUCUCCAGGGAUUCGACACCAAGUUGACUAACAACACCCAAACCUAUUCCUUCAAUGACCUGAGUGGGUCCGUGUCACUGGCCUGGGUUGGAGACGCCACCGGGGUCAUCCUGGCUCUGACAACAUUCCAGGUGCCGUUCUUCAUGUUGCGAUUCGGUCAGUCUAAACUCUAUCGAAGUGAGAACUACGGGAAGUCGUUCCAGGACGUCACAAACCUCAUCAACAACACUUUCAUCCGGACAGAGUUCGGCAUCGCCAUCGGACCAGAGAACUCUGGGAAGGUGAUCCUGACAGGUGAUGUGUCUGGCAGCCUGGGCUCUCGUAUCUUUAUCUCCAGAGACUUUGGGAACAGCUUUGAGCAGCAGGACCUUCCCUUUAACCCCCUGAUGCAGAUCAUAUACAACCCCAUAGACGCCAACGUUCUCCUGGUCAUCAGCAACACUAAUGAACUCUGGCUGUCUGAGGACUUUGGGGAGAAGUGGAGGAAGAUCCACGACAUGGUGUGUCUGGCCAAAUGGGGGAUGGACAGUAACCUAUUCUUUACCACCAACCUCAAUGGAUCCUGCAAUGAAAGGGGGAUGCUAGACUUGAGAAAGACGGCAGACUACGGGAAGACCAUCAAGACUGUUGCCAUUAAAAUCUUCUCUUUCGGCCUGGGGGGAAAGUUCCUGUUUGCUUCUGUUAUGACUGGAACUGGCACUCUGAGGAUGAUCCAUGUGUCGACUAACCAGGGGGAGGAUUGGAACAUGGCUCAGCUGCCUCCGGUUGGCCACGAGGAGUUCUAUUCUAUCUUGUCAGCCAAUGACGACAUGGUGUUUAUGCACGUGGAUGAACCAGGAGACACAGGCUACGGCAGCAUCUACGUGUCAGACGACAGGGGUACGGUGUACUCUAAGUCUCUGGAGCGUCACCUCUACACCACCACAGGGGGAGACACUGACUUCACCAACGUUACCUCUCUAAGAGGGGUCUUCAUCACCAGUAUACUGGCAGAGGACGGCUCGGUGCAGUCCGUGGUGUCCUUCGACCAGGGAGGGGAAUGGGUGCCCCUGCAGAAGCCUGCCAACACCAAGUGUGACUCCACAGCCAAAGACCCCGACAAGUGCAGUCUCCACAUCCACGCAGCUUACAGCACGGCUAUGAAGCUGAACGUCCCCAUGCUGCCUCUCAGUGAACCAAACGCUGUAGGACUCAUCAUGGCGCACGGGAGUGUGGGCGAUGCCAUCUCUGUGAUGAAGCCUGACGUAUUCGUGUCAGAUGAUGGAGGUUACACCUGGCUACAGGCCCUGGAGGGACCACACCACUAUGCCAUCCUGGACUCUGGUGGACUCCUGGUGGCCGUGGAGCACUCUGCUCAGCCCAUCAAAGACAUCAAGUUUUCCACAGACGAGGGCCAGUGCUGGCACGUUCACCAGUUCACUAGCGAUCCCAUCCACUUCACAGGGCUAGCGUCGGAGCCAGGGGCGAGGUCUAUGAACGUCAGUGUCUGGGGCUACAGAGACUCUCUGCUCAGUCAGUACUGGGUAUCAGUCACCAUCGACUUCAGAGAGCUGCUCACUAGAGACUGUGAGGACCAAGACUACGUGCAGUGGCUGGCGCACUCUGAUGACAUCAGCGACCCUAAUGACGGCUGUAUGUUGGGUUACAAGGAGAAGUUCCUGCGUCUGAGGAAGGCCUCUGUCUGCUUGAACGGACGGGACUAUGAGGUCAACAAGCAACCCGCCCCUUGUCCCUGCACCUUGGAUGACUUUCUGUGUGACUUUGGGUACUAUCGUAAAGAGAACAGCUCCGAGUGUGUGGAGCAGCCGGACCUGAAGGGCCACGUUCUGGAGUUCUGUCUGCAAGGCAAGAAGGAGCUGCUGCAGACCAGAGGCUAUAGGAAGAUCCCUGGGGAUAAGUGUGAGGGAGGAACACAGCCGGAAAGAAAAGAGAUAGACCUCAGUAAGAGAUGUGUCAAUGACCUACUGGGACCUCAGGAACUAUUGACGGACGGCCAUCUGUCCAGCUCAGCACCCAUCGUAGUGACGGUUCUGAUCAUUAUCCUGCUCAGUGUCGUGGCCGGGUUCCUCUUUGUCAAGAAGUACGUCUGCGGUGGAAGGUUCCUGGUACACAGGUACUCUGUCCUACAGCAGCAUGCUGAGGCCCAGGGAGAUGGAGUAGACGAGCCAUUAGACAGCAACCACACUCGGGCUAGCAACAAGACCGGCUUACACGAUUCAGACGAGGAUCUUCUGGAGUAACAGGUGGCAUUUCCAGCUACCAGGAGGAACCCCUAGCCUCCUGUCUCUCCUUUACAACCUAGAAGCUCCUGCAGCAACCAGGGGAAUCUAGUCUCCUGUCUGUCCUUAGGCUCACUGCUCUAUAUUGAAGAACAAGUUUGUCCUAGGUGUACACCGAGGCUCGCUGCUGCUCUCUCUUCUUCGCUUCCUGUUACUUCCUCCUUCUCCCCUCCACCAUGACCCUUUAACUCUUAACCCCUGACCUUACAUCGCCUGGUGGAGAGUCCUUCUAACGCAGCUCUCAUCAGUGAGGUAUCCAAUGAGGCUUUCUGUUCUGAGUGAGACACACAUACAGAGUUCAGCAGGAGAACAAAGGGGGCCAGUAGUGUUGUUGUUGUGGUUGAUUUCAGAAUGUAUUCGUCCAAGUUCCUUUGGGAACAAUUGAGUGAUGGAAUGUGGUGGUUCUGGACUACUGGUGAACAUUUAAAUAAUGGACCUUUGGAACUGCUGUGUAGAAGCUGUUUUUAUCAUCAUCAGCAUCUUCUCUUAACAACAUAAAGCUAUCUUUUUAUUCAACCAAGUGAACAUUAACAACAUUACGGGUUAUACACGCUUGGGACUGGGGCUCUUGGGAAUAUUACGUGUACGCUUCUAAUGAAGACUUCCAGUUUCCCCCCCUCCCCCUCCCCUGUACAUAAAGAGCUUUCCUUUUUUCAUUGAUGUGACAGAGUCAGGGACAUGGUACAUGGGUUGCUGUUGGGUACUGUGGCUUGGAAAAAUGAUUUGUAAGUAUUUUGCCUAACUAAUAAGAUGCAAGUGGAAAUAUUUAUAAGCAUUUAAAGUUGGAUAGCAAUAACAUGUUUUAGAUCCACUGUAUCAACACACUAAGCUUUCAUAGCAGGAGUGAACAUCCCUCUAAUCUAGACUGAACUAAAGCAACGUAUCCUAACCCGAGAAAUGUGUACCUGACUCAAACUUUCACCUCCUAAAUCAUGCAUUUGAUUUCAAUGGGGCAAUACAAAUGUGUUGCGUGCAUGUAUUUCAAAUUAUAAUUUGGCUGUGGAACAAUGUUCUUUGUUUUGUAUUUGAAGUGUCUGUUUUAGUCAGAGGGAGAAAAUCUAGUGUACAAAUAGCUAUUGGCCUUACGCCUCUUCAUUUCUCAAUAAAAAAUUAUUACUUGUGUUUUAAUAUGUUAAGGUAAUCCUACAUCAGUGAAAGUAGAUCUAAAAGUGAAGAAAGAACAGUUGGAAUCCAUCACUGGACUACACAAUGAGUUAGUGCUAACACACACACACACACACAAACAUCGAGGCUGCUGGUUUAUAUUUGGCUGCUACUGUGCCCAGGUGUUGCAUUGUGGGCAGAGCAUGUUUGAGCAGUAGAUAGGAGCUGAUAAGAUGGAGAGUGCACCAAUGUAAACACAGGAACUAAAAGCACAUUUGUAAAUGUAGUACAUAGAUCUGAACAUUAUUGAUGAAGCAGUUUGCUAGAAGAAGUGGGUUUUUAUAACAAUGUUGUAUGGAUGUGUAGCAGUUUAACACUGGCGUGCCUGUUUUCAGUGUGUGUAGAACCGACCUCUAUGUACUGUAGCUCAUAUGUGAAUAUGAGAUGAGCUAAUUCUACUGAAUCACAUAUUUUAUUACGGUUUAACUACCUGAGAAGGUCAUUGACUUAGUUUCAGAGACAGGAUCAUUCUAGCCUCGGAAGCCCAUUUGGGGGUAAUGUCUGUGUAGUAUGGGGGGUUGGGUCUGUGCCUUCCCAAUGAGUGGCAAGUGCAUGUACUGUCUAUAAUAGAUUCAAAGUGUGCAUCCCAAAUAGCACCUUGUUCCCUAUAUAGGGGACUACUUUUGACCAGGGCCCAUAGGAUGCACCCUAGAUAUCAGAUGUCUGUGUAACCACAGUUGCAUUCACUUUGUCAUUGACACCCCGUAGAUUGCACUUACUGUAAUUAUGUGAAUAAGGAUUUCACCUCAAAUGAAACUCCCUUCAAUACCGACUACCCUUCUGUUCAGCACAACUGUUCUGAAUACUCUCCCAAUCUUUAAAGCAAUGGGAACAUAAACUCUUUUGAUUCCCUUGUCAUGUAAUACAACUUGAUUUGUCCACUGUGAAACAGACAAAUGCAAUGUUUCAUCUAAUUUAUAAUGCAGCCUAUACUUGGUGUUCGGUUUGUACAAAAACAUCUCUGUACUUGCACAGGACUAAAAAUAAAUGUCGAUUGGCAUUAGAGGCAACACCUGUACUGUAGUUAACACUGGGAAGACCCUUGUUCUGAAUUAUUCAUACCUAUUUAAUCAUGCUGGUUUUAUGUCUUUGAUUUGAGAGGUGAGACUUUUUUUUCUUACAUUUUUAAAAUGGCUGUAUAAAGAAAUAAUUGUGAUGGCUCAAUUGUUGAAUCUGGGUAUCGGCUGUGUAUCUCUUGUUCUGUAUAUUUGAGAUAAUUUUGCUUUGGGUUGACGACCAAUAAAUUAACUUGCCCCUUUGAAAGUU